AGGCUCGCUGAGCGGAACGUUCCUCUUCCGAAGAAUAGGCGGGAGCCGUUAUGGAGCCGAACCCCAGCCAGAGUCGGCCUCCGGACGUGCAGGGCGGUUGGUUCCGCUGCCCUGUGUGGCGCCUCCCGCAGGGCCUGGCCUUGGGCCCUUCACAGUCCGCCGAGAAGGGACUGGGUGUGUGGUGCGUGGGGCGCGCCCUGCAGCCAGGGAUGCUGCUACUCCUGCUUAGGCCGCGGGGAGAAGAGGAGGCCGCUUCCUUGGCGAAAUGUCCAUCAGCCUGCUGGAAAGAGGCGUGCGCUUGUGACAGGAUAUCCAGCUGGAGGAGCCUGGUGAAGCAAAGCCGGGAUGAAGCUCAGGCGAAUGUGGCAUUCGUAUGGAUCAAUGGGGAGCUCCACAUCCGAGUAUGCUGUCCCAUUGCUGCUGGCACGGAAUUGCUGUACUGGUUAAAUGCAGAGCCCCAGGCCAGUCCUGCCUGCCUGGAAAAGAAAGCACCACCAAGGAUAUCAGAUGGGGUGCUUGUUACAGAGAAGGAAAAGCUACAGCAUCCGCUAGUAGAGGCCAGGACUGAAACUACAGGUGCUCCUGAUAUCUCGAAGGUUGGGGACCAGAAAGCCAGAACCCAUUCUGUUUCCAUGCUGGAUAAAAAGCUGUCAACCAAACAACCCCUUGGAUCAGACUACAGCUACAAGAAAAGGAAUGAAAAUUCAUCCCUGAGAGAGGCCAUGGCACAAACUGGAGAGGACCAUCCCCCUGUGAGCUGCCCCAUUGUAGAGGAUGAUGGAGGCAAAGAGGAUGCUCAGGCAGAGCAAGUGAAUGAAACACCGACAGAGGCAACAUUGACUGAAACUUGUUCACACUCAAUCCAGGCCGGUGCAGUUCACCUGGCUGACAAGGUGACUGACAAGGGGCUUGUGCAGACAGUUCAGUCUUGUACUGAGGAAGCCCCCAGUGGACAUGUCGCAUCUCCAGCCAGGGACAGGGUGGAGAAGCAGAGGGAGAAUCCCAAACCAGAGGAACAGCCUCGUAGCCCCAAUGGUGCCGCUUCACAGCUCAGGGAGGCAGGCAGUGAGCGACGGUACCAUUGUGAGGAGUGCGGCAAAGCCUUCCUCCAGCUUUGUCAUCUGAAGAAGCAUCACUUUGUGCACACUGAUCACAAACCCUUUUUGUGCACAGAAUGCGGCAAGAGCUAUAGCUCAGAAGAAAGCUUCAAAGCGCACAUACUGGGCCACAGAGGGGUGCGGCCUUUCCCCUGCCCGCAGUGCCACAAGACUUACGGCACCAAACGUGACCUUCAAGAACACCAGGUGCUGCACACAGGCCAGCGCCCUUUUGCCUGCCCAGAUUGUGGGAAAUCCUUUGCCCGCCGUCCCUCCCUUCGUAUCCAUCGCAAAACGCACCAGGCCAAAGAGCCCAGCCCUUCUGCCACAGCUGCCUGCCAGUGUGUGAUCUGCGGGCGGCACCUGGCCAACUCUGGGUCACUGCGCAACCAUAUGCGGCUCCACACGGGGGAGCGUCCCUACACUUGCCCCUACUGUCCCAAGUCUUUCCGCCAGCAAGGCAAUCUGCGUGGGCAUCUUCGGCUGCAUACGGGGGAACGGCCCUACCGCUGCCAUUUCUGUGGGGACGCCUUCCCCCAGCGCCCCGAGCUGCGUCGCCACCUGAUCUCCCACACAGGUGAGGCUCAUCUGUGCACAAUCUGUGGGAAAGCCUUGCGUGACCCCCACACAUUGCGGGCUCAUGAGCGCCUGCAUACCGGGGAGCGACCUUUCCGCUGCCAUUUGUGCCCCAAAUCCUAUCCUCUAGCCACAAAGCUACGGCGCCACCAGAAAGCCCACCAUGGUGACAAGCCCCAUCAGUGCGGCAUUUGCGGCAUGGGCUAUGCCCUUCCCCAGAGCCUGCGGCGCCAUCAGCUUGAGCACAAAGGAAAGCGAGACAGAGAUCCAUCCAAACCUGGAGUGAAAAUCCCCCAGGAGCUGCCAGCUUCCGAGCAGCCUACAGUGCUGGUGAUGCACUCUGUAGAUGUGGCAGUGCCUGGCACCCAAGCGGAACUCCUCAUCACCAGCAAAGGGCACUAUGUUGCUUCACAGCAGAGCUCUGCCCGACGCAAGGAUGUCAUUGAGAUUGCUCUCUCGGACGCUGAGGAAGAAUGUAUCAUUGUGCAGGAGCAGGGCUCCUCCAGCGACAUGUUCAUUAUUCAGGAGGGUGUUGGUUUUAGCACAGUGGCUGAGGUGGUUGAGGUAGAGGUGAGGACAUGACUGCCAGUCUUUUAAGAGAUGGUAUUAAAACAUUUUUGAGGUGUUUGAAUGUCCUUUUUUGUGUUUGUCAUAAGGCAACAUGAGAGUCAAGAAACACAUGCUAUGUUCUUUAGAAGCAUAGAAAGCCAAGAAGGGAACAGGUGACAUUUAUUUAGCCAAGUCUUUGGCUGGAUUCCCAACAGCAACACAAUUUACAAAGAUUGGGUAAUAGGCUCUGCCUAAUAGGCUAGAAGUUGAUCUUGGAAGAUGUCCUUCAUUGAGCAUCCUUUUAGCACUAUCAAAAUUUAUUUCAAAUUGAUCCAGCUACUAGGGCUGUUCUGGGUCUGCUUACAGGUUAACCAAGAUGUGGCAGCUUUCAAAAACAACACAUUGCAGUAGUAACGCAUGCAAGCAUCAGUUGUAUGUUUCAGCCAGAUCAUGUGGGCAGAUAUUAUGCCAGUUAUAUCCCUCCAUGUAGAGCUGUGGGUUCUGCUCUGGGAACAGCCUGUGCAAUCAGGCCGUUUUCUAGCAACCAAGCCAGCAUGUGGACUGUGCCCGAGUCAACCCGCAUUGCAGUCUGGGUGAGAACUGUGGACUAGAGUUUCUGUAAAUGUAGUUCAAAGGUUUGAUUUUAAAAUCAAUCUUUGGAUCUGGCGUAUGAUCAUUUGUAAACCGCCCAGAGAACUUUGGCUAUGGGGCAGUAUAUAAAUUUAAUAAAUAAAUCUUUGGCUCUCUGCUGUCUUAUGCUGGAGUAAAAUGGUAUCAGUGCUGCUG